AGGGGCCCCUUUGAGCAGCAGGGGGGCGGGACGGGGACGAGGCUCUGGUUGAGCCGUCGCGUUGGGCCCAGGCUUUACCAAUCGGCGUGCAUCAGGGCCGUGACAGACUGCGGCAGGAGCCAAUCAGCGAAUUGGCUCUCUCCAGACCAGGGCGCUCGCGCACCAGGUCGUGGCCGUUACUCGUGGCGCGCGCGGCGACUCAAAGUAGAUCAUGGAGGACACCCAGGCUAUUAACUGGGAGGUUGAAGAAGAGGAGGAGACAGAGAGACCCAGUGAAUCCUUGGGGUAUAGCUUGAAACCCAUAGGGCAACUGCAUAUCUUCAGUAGUGCCCAUGGACCAGAAAAAGACUUCCCACUUUACCUUGGGAAGAAUGUGAUAGGCCGAAUGCCCGAUUGCUCCGUGGCCCUGCCCUUUCCAUCCAUCUCCAAACAACAUGCAGUGAUUGAAAUUUUGGCCUUGGACAAGGCACCUGUCCUCCGGGAUUGUGGGAGCCUCAAUGGUACUCAAAUCCUGAGGCCUCCUAAGGUCCUGAGCCCUGGGAUGAGUCAUCGUCUGAGGGACCAGGAAUUGAUUCUCUUUGCUGACUUGCCCUGCCAGUACCGGCACCUAGAUGUUCCCCUGCCCCAUGUCUCCCGGGGCCCUCUAACUGUAGAAGAGACACCCAGGGUGCAGGGAAGAACUCAACCCCAGGAGCUCCUGCUGGCUGAGAACUCAGAGGAGGAAGUAGAUUCUCUUCCUGAAAGAUGUGUAGUGAAAGGACCAAGGACCUCCCCUUUGGCAAGUGUAGUUCCAGAGAGUGAUGAAGAGGGGCCUUCUCCUGCCCCAGAUGGCCCUGGGCCACCUUUUGCCUUCAACUUGGACAGUGACACAGAUGAGGAACAAAGGCAGCGACCAGCAGUAGGAAAGUUCUCCUCAGCUGCUAGAAGAGGUGCCACUGCAGAGACAGAGCAGCCUAAAACUGUCUCAACUGAAACCCAGCUUGAAAAGGAUCAGUGCUCAGUGAAAGAAAGGAACAAUAAACGAACAGUUGAGAGGGAUGCAAAGAAAGGGGAAGUUCCAGUUGGGGUGAUUCUGGAGAUGAGUCCACCUGCUGGGGAGGAUAGUGACACUGGUGCAGGCAGGCCUCCAGGAAGGCCAGCUGAGGCCCACUUGGAAAGGGCCCAGCUUUCUGGCUUCAUAGACAGUGAUACUGACGUGGAAGAAGAGGGGAUCCCUGCAACCCCAGCUGUAGUUCCCACAAAGAAGAGGCACAUCUUCUAUGAAGUUAGUAUGAGGAGUUCUCAGGCACCUGGCUUGGCCCAUCAGCAAGAGAGCCAGACUGGGAGUGAUACAGAUGUGGAGGAGGGUGAGGCCCCAUUGGCAAGCCCUCUGGAGAGAAGCCAAGCCUCUGUGCUGAUUGGCAGCAAUACAGGUCUCGAGGAAGAAGUCUCAGCUGCACUUACUCUGGCACAGCUAAAAGAGAGCCGAGCCAUUCCGUGGAGCAGAGAUACAGCUGUGGAAGAGGACAGGGCCCAACCUGUAGCCCUUCUAGAACAAAACCAAACCUCUAUUGUGAGGGACAGUGACACAGAUGUGGAGGAGGAGGGGAUCCCAGUGGAAAAGAGAGAGACUGUCCCCAAGAGUCACACCUACAAGGCACAUUCAGAGAAGAUCCAGCCUCUUCUCAGGGACAGUGAUAUAAAGGGGGAGGAAGAUGAGAGCUUACCUGAGGUCCCCCUAGAGAGAAGCCAAGCCUCUGCCACAGUAGAUGUCAGCACACAAGUAGAAGAGAAAGUCCCACUGGGGCCAGCUGUUACCCUGCUGGAGAAGCGUCAGGUGCUGGUGGCAGGGACAAGUCAAACAGAUGUGGAAGCAGAAGAUGGUCCAGCAGACCUGCCUAAGGUGCAUCUAGAGGAAGCCUGGUCUCCAGCUGGGGGCUGUAGAACAGAUGUGGAAGGAGGCACAGCCUCAGCAGUCUCAGCAGUGGCAGAUGUCAGAGGCAGCCGGCUUCUGGCAGAAGGGGAUGCUGGAACGGAGUGGGCUGUGCUUGAGCAGGAGAGAGCACUUGAGGCAGGGGCCCAGGAUUCUGAAGAUCUGUACCUACAAGCUACCCAGUGCUUUGUGGAGAGAGAGGAUGAGAGCCGGGAAGAUGCCCUGGAAGAGCCAUGGGAGGUCUUGGCUACACAGCCAUUCUGUCCAAGAGAGUCUGAGGCCUCAGAGCCCCAGCCCAUUGCUGCCCACUUGGACAUCCAUGCAUCUUGCCCCUCUCCACCUGGGGCAACACCACAAGACCAACAUCCAAAGAGCCCAGUUCAUGCAGAGCCACUGGGUAGAGAAAUGCACACUGUGAAGAAAGACAUGGGCCACUUGACUUGCAAGAUACCACCUGCUGAGAAGGCUUCCAGGGGUGAUCAGCAAUCCCCAGAUGCCUGUCUGUCUUCUUCAGUGCCUAAAGCCUCAGACCCCCAGCCAAACCCCCCCUUCUCUCAGAGCCAAAAACAUCCUGUACCCCAGUCCCUCCUUUCUCCCUCUCCACCCUCUUUAGAGCCACCCAUUCCCAAGGCCAGGAAAAAGGGGAGGCAGCAAGUUUCAGAAACUUCCUUGUCCUCAGAGUUAGAGCCUCUCCACCCAAAAAAACCCAAAGUCAGGCCCCAAGGGGCCUCCAGAAUGACACCCUCUCCAGUCUCUUCUGUAGCCCAUGAGCCCCAACCUGCAACCCCUACAUACCAUCCCCUUAGCCCUAAGCCCACAUCUCGGGUCACUCGAAAUAGGACAUAUAGGUCCUCUGAAAUGACCACUGCACCAGUUGUCCCUUUAGCCCAGGAGCUUCAGUCUUCUACCUCCACGGACCAACCUGUCACCCCGAUGCCCAUAUCCUGGGCCGCUCGGACACGUAGGUCCUCUGUCAAAACCCCUGAAUCAGUUGUCCCCACAGCUCCUGAGCCCCAGCCUUCCACAUCCAGAGGCCCACCUGUCUCCCCCAAACCCCUAUCUCAGGGCAGUAUACAUAAAUCUGUCAAAACCCCUGAACCAGUUGUUCCCACAGGUCCUGAGCUCCAAACUUCCACCCCCACAGACCAGCUUGUCACCUCUGAGCUUACAUUUCAGGCCACUCAAGGCAGGACACUUAGGUCCUCUGCCAAGACUCCUGAACAAGUUGUGCCCACAGGUCCUAAGUUCCAGCCUUCCACUUCCACAGACCAGCCUGUCACCCCCAAACUCACAUCUCUGGCCACUCGGGGCAGGGCACGUAGGUCUUCUGCCAAGACACCCAAUCCGGUUGUCCCCACAGGUCCUGAGCUCCAGCCUUAUACUUCCACAGACCAGCCUGUCACCCCCAAACCUACAUCUCGGGGCAGGACACAGAGGUCUUCUGUCAAGACCCCAGAACCAAUUAUCCCCACAGCCCCUGAGCUCCAGGCUUCCACCCUCACAGACCAGCCUAUUACCCUUGAGCUCACAUCUCGGGCCACUCGGGGCAGGACACAUAGGUCCUCUGCCAAGACUCUUGAACCACCUGUUCCUACAGCCCCUGAACUUCAGCCUUCUACAUCCAUAGAUCAGCCUGUCACUCCUGAGCCCACAUCUCGGGCCACUCAGGGCAAGACACGUAGACCCUCCAUCAAGAGCCCAAAACCAAUGGAACCCACAGCCCCUGAUCUUGAACCUCCCACCUUCACAGAGCAGCUUGUAGCCCUCAAGGCCAUAGCUCAGGGCGGUCAGAGCAAUAAACUAAAGUCUUCAACAAUAAGUACUGUGCCAGUUCCUACCACCCCUGAAUUCCAGUCUCCUGUCCCUACAGGCCAGCCUAUUUCCCCUAAACCCAUCCCUCAAGCCAAUUGCAGCAGGAGACCAAGGGCCACUAGGAAGCACGGGUCCCUCACUGCUCCUGUGGUCCCGGAACCCUGCUCUGCACCUGCUGAACCUAACUCCUGUUCAAGGAACCAAAGACGAGGAGCAGUGAGAGCAGCUGAGUCCCUUAGGACCACCCCUGACCCUGCCUUUGCCCAGCUUCCUGAGGCACCCAUUCAUGCUCCCCAGAUGCAAAAGGUAGAGGCAGCAGGUAGAUCUGGAGCCACCCCAGAGCCCCAGUCCAAGUCCUCUCAAAGCCGCAAGAGGCCUUUAGCUACCAGGGAGUUAGAAACCCCACUUCAGAAACAGCUCCAAAGAAGGGAGGUCCCCCAGAACACAGCAUUCUUCAAAGAAGAAGAAGAAGAUCCCACAGAGAGACCAGGGAAAGAAGAGGAUGUAGUGAUUCCAGGACCAGGCAAAAGAAAGAAAAACCAGGAAGAGGAGGAGCCGCCCAAGGGAAUACCAAGCCGCAGCCUCCGACGAACCAAACCUAACCAAGGAUCCACAGCCCCCAAAGUGCUCUUUACAGGAGUGGUGGAUGCUCGUGGAGAGCAUACGGUGCUGGCCCUGGGAGGAAGUCUGGCCAGCUCAGUGGCAGAGGCUUCCCACCUGGUGACUGAUCGGAUCCGCCGGACAGUCAAGUUCCUUUGCGCCCUGGGUCGAGGAAUCCCCAUUCUCUCCCUGGACUGGCUGCACCAGUCCCGCAAGGCUGGUUACUUCUUGCCCCCGGAUGAGUAUGUGGUGACUGAUCCUGAGCAGGAGAAGAACUUCGGUUUCAGCCUGCAAGAUGCCCUGAGCCAGGCUCGGAAACGAAGGCUGCUGGAGGGGUAUGAGAUUCAUGUGACCCCAGGAGUCCAGCCACCACCACCUCAGAUGGGAGAGAUCAUUAGCUGUUGUGGAGGCACUGUCCUACCCAGCAUGCCCCGGUCCUAUAAGCCUCACAGAGUUGUGAUCACAUGCUCGCAGGACUUCCCUCGAUGCUCCACUCCAUGUCGGGUUGGGCUGCCCGUCCUCUCACCUGAGUUCCUGCUGACAGGAGUGCUGAAGCAGGAAGCCAAGCCAGAGGCCUUUGUCCUUUCCACUUUGAAAACAUCCACUUGAAAACAUCACCCCAGUACCCUUUUCUCUCCCAGACCAAUAAGUGAAGUAUUAGAAAAUAUUUGGAAGAAAGAACUGGGAGCUUUAGAAAAGAUUUGGGAGUACUCUUCUAAUGUGUCUUGGAACAUGGGUGGGGCCAAAAAGGUUUAUGGGUGGACAGAAAGGUAGGGAGAUUGGGAGCUGUAGAUUUUCUUAAAUGGGCACUUAAAAGUUGGCUGACCCCAUUCUCUGAUAUAUUAAGUGGCUGCUCAUAUUUAGCCGAACUGAUGAGCUUACAGCUCUGUGGCACACAGUGUCCUGCCUCCCACUUGAAAACCAUCUUUCUUCCUCUUUUACUGAUAUUCUUAUUCAUCCUCUGAAAGACAGUGGAAACAAUUUUAGUAUCAGGAACUGGGAGUGAGUAAAUUUAAGAGUAGGGUUGCAGAAUGCUACUAAAAUAUUUUCCUCUUUCCUGACCCCAUUUUGUUAGAAGUGUCCUUUAGCUUUGACUUUGAGUAAAUCUCUGCACUUUUCUAGCCUGCUUUUCCAAUACUUAUACCUUAACCAAUACAAUACAAUACUUAGACUUAACCUCUGUGAUAAAUAAAUUUUCACCCUGUG